UUGGAAAAGAGGCCUGCGACAGCGGCGAGCAAGGGCGAGGAGCAAUCUCAGGAAGACGAUGAAGUCCUCAAGAACGAGGUCAAGGUCAGGAUCAAGGAGCUGGUGGAGCAGCUGAAGAGCGACGAUCCUUCGGUGAAGCUCGAGGCGAUGGUGGAGUCAAGGAAGCUUUUGUCUCAGGAAGUCGACCCUCCCGUCCAGGACUUCAUCGACAGCGGCGUCCUCCCGCUCGCCAUCGCCGCCGUCAAGGCUGAGAAUUCCGAGCUCCAGUAUGAAGCCACUUGGGUCAUCACCAACAUCGCAUCCGGGACCUCUGAGCAGACGACAGCUGUGGUUGACCACGGCGCGGUCCCCGUCCUGAUCGAGCUCUUGGGGUCCCCGGAGGUCCGCCUCCAGGAGCAGGCGGCGUGGGCGCUGGGGAACAUCUCGGCAGACAGUCCUGGCCUCAGGGAUCAGCUGGUGGCCGACGGGAUUGUCACGCCGCUCAUGAGCUCGAUAAAGGAGGACAUGCCGAUUUCCUUCCGCCGCAACCUGUCUUGGGUCCUGAGCAACAUCUUCAGGUACAAGGAGAUCGACAUGCCUGAGGAGGAGAAACUGCUCGUCCUUGAGGAACUGAAGCAUAACCUCGAGAAACAGGAUGAUUUUGAAGUCAAGUCCAACUCCAUAUGGACCUUGAAUUACUUCAUGGAGCAGAGCGACAGUCACAUUCAGCUCGUCGUAGAGCAAGGAUUCGUCCCGCUCCUGGUGGAAAAUAUUCCCGACACUCAGCUGCAGAAGGUGACGGUGCGAUGCCUCGGAAACAUACUCACUGGCAACGAUUCUCAGACGGAGCAAGUCCUCGAGGCCGGCGUCCUCCCCCUCUACCUGGACAUCCUCGCGAGCAGCCACAGCGAGAGCGUGCGGAAGGAGGUGCUCUGGUCCCUCUCCAACGUCACGGCGGGGACGGCGACGCAGGUCCAGCGAGUGGUCGACGCGGGCCUCCUGCCGGUCUUGGUGGACUCAGUGAUGCAGGGCUCACUGGCUGAGAGAAAGGAGGCCUGCUGGGCGCUCUCCAACCUCACCAGCGCCGGCUCAGCAGACCACGUCAAGGCCCUGGUGGAGGCGGACGCGCUUCCCGCCCUCACCAAGAUGCUCAUUUCCACGGACGUCCGUCUUGUAGAAGUCACCUUGGAUGGACUAGGCAAUACGCUCAGGAUACUGUCGGAAUCCGACGAAGGGGCAGAGGGUGCCAUCCAGAUCAUCCGCGCGGCCGACGGCGUCGACGUCCUGGAGUCGCUCCUGAAGUACGCGAGCAGCGCGGUGGUCAGCAGGGCGGACCACAUCCUCAACACUUACUUCCCGAACUCCGAGGAAGUGUCGAGCCCCGACGACGCCCUCAUGGAGGACCUGAGGAUGAUCUUCGGGGAGCCGACGGACGCGGGCGGCGCCGAGGCGGCUCACGACCUGCCCGAACAGGCGUCCAAGUACACGACCGUGCCGCUGGAGCAGCUGGGCGAGGAGGACGAAGAGGAGCCAGAGGGCGAUGGCGCGAGUGCCAGCGUGUGAGGGAAGAAACCGUGUGAUAUUAGCUUUAGCAUCAUCCGUUCACAAUAAAACAUUUACG